GAAAUUGCGAGCGAACCUCUUUCUCUUUCUCUCUCUCUCUUUGUGGAUCGAUCAAUUCGUUUCUUGCUUCAAUUCGAUUUCGCCAUUAAAUUUAUUCGGAUCGGAAAGCUAGAUUAGUAAUCUACAAUCAUGUUUUUGGUUGAUUGGUUCUAUGGAGUCCUCGCAUCACUUGGUUUAUGGCAGAAGGAAGCUAAGAUCUUGUUCCUCGGUCUCGAUAAUGCCGGCAAGACAACUCUGCUCCAUAUGUUGAAGGACGAGAGAUUGGUUCAGCACCAACCUACUCAAUAUCCAACAUCAGAGGAGUUGAGUAUUGGUAAGAUCAAGUUUAAGGCUUUUGAUUUGGGAGGACAUCAAAUUGCUCGAAGGGUGUGGAAAGAUUACUAUGCUAAGGUUGAUGCUGUGGUGUACUUAGUGGAUGCUUACGAUAAAGAGAGAUUUGCUGAGUCAAAGAAGGAACUAGACGCACUCCUCUCAGACGAGUCUUUAGCGACUGUACCUUUCUUGAUUUUGGGUAACAAAAUCGAUAUUCCUUAUGCUGCUUCGGAAGAAGAGCUUCAAUACCAUAUGGGUCUGGCUGGAGUCACGACUGGCAAAGGAAAGGUAAAUUUGGCAGAGUCGGCUGUUCGUCCAUUGGAGGUUUUCAUGUGCAGCAUCGUUCGUAAAAUGGGGUAUGGCGAUGGAUUCAAAUGGGUUUCUCAGUAUAUCAAAUAAGAAGAAGAAAUGGAAUAAAUAAUAAUAAUAGAGUAAUAUCUUUAGAUCAUUCUUGUUUGUUAGACUUUGCAUUGAUUCAUGUUUUUUCGUUUCUGUUAUUCGAUAUAGAACCGAUAUUUUCAGUCUUGUAAGGGGAAUUGAUCGAGUAAUGAACAUGAUGACGAGUUCAUACUCUGUUUUUCGUGUUUUGUUGGUGGACUGAAUCGAUCAUGCUCCUAAUUGCUCUUUA